GCUUGUCUAGCAGUACCACCCGAACAGUUGAUUUGAACAGCUAUCAUUUUCGUGAUCGUUUAUAAAAAUUGCUGGAACAUUAUACCUAAUCAGCUCGACCUUCUUUAAAUAUUUAUACAUGAAAAGAUUCUUCAAACUAGUGUUUUAUGGUUAUGACUUAUGAAAAGUGUCAGAACCUAGAAGUGUGAAAAUCCAAAAUGUAUAUUGUUUUGCUUCCUAACUAGUAUCCACGUGACCGUUUUUUGUAUUUAUCUAAGAGAAGAAAUGGCUUAUGGUAUCGCGUAUCUAUAUAGAAUUAAUAACAUAUACCGAUGUGAUGAAUAAACUGUAACGACUCAUGGUAGUCCAGUGUAUGAAUUUGCUCACCUUGUCAUUUUUAUAUUUUUGAAUCGUGAGAUCUCUAGUAAAACCAGCCAGCUACAGUUCAGCUAGUUGCGCUCUGGUUUUCAACCUUCAAACAUCUAUCGUCCAUUAAAUUCAAAAUUGUGAUAAAAAAUAAGCACUAGCUGAUCCUCCGUACUGGCAAGUAUUCGAAUUUCAGACUUUGACACUAUACCAUUAACGUAGCUAACAUGGGAGCCAUGUUCAGAAGCGAAGAAAUGGCUUUGUGCCAAAUAUUUAUUCAACCAGAGGCAGCUUACACUUCAGUUUCCGAGCUAGGAGAAACGGGGGCCGUUCAAUUUCGAGAUUUGAAUGUUGAAGUCAAUGCUUUCCAGCGAAAGUUUGUCAGUGAAGUACGCCGUUGUGAUGAAAUGGAACGAAAGCUUCGCUAUGUAGAGGUUGAAGUAAGAAAAGAUAACGUAGAAAUUCCAGACAUACAUGAAGAGACUCCACGUGCUCCCAAUCCUCGGGAGAUUAUUGAUCUGGAAGCACAUCUAGAGAAGACAGAAAGCGAAAUAAUGGAAUUAUCUCAGAAUGCGGUCAACUUGAAAUCUAACUUUCUUGAACUGACUGAGCUGAAACAUGUACUGGAGCGAACGCAAACCUUUUUCUUUGAACAAGAAGGAGCAAUAAAUUCAGAAUCUGUCAGAAAUAAUUUGAUUAUUGACGAUGUCGCCAAUGCUCAACCAAGAGGUCGUCUUGGGUUUGUUGCUGGAGUUAUUCAACGUGAAAAGGUGCCAGGUUUCGAGCGUAUGUUGUGGAGAAUCUCUCGCGGUAACGUGUUUUUACGACAAGCAGAACUAGACAAACCUUUAGAAGAUCCAUUAACAGGAGGCAAAAUCUACAAAACGGUGUUCGCUGCUUUUUUCCAAGGCGAGCAAUUAAAAACUAGAAUCAAAAAAGUUUGCACCGGAUACCAUGCGUCACUUUAUCCCUGCCCUAGUGCAGCUGAUGAGCGCGAGGACAUGCUGAAAGGGGUUCGUACUCGCUUGGAAGAUUUGAAUAUGGUACUGAAUCAGACGCAGGAUCACCGGUCACGUGUAUUAUCAACAGUUGCAAAAGAGCUGCCGCGUUGGAGGAUUAUGGUGAAGAAAAUGAAGGCUAUUUAUCAUACACUAAAUCUGUUCAAUAUGGAUGUGACAAAAAAGUGUCUUAUCGGUGAAUGUUGGGUGCCAGUGUUGGAUCUUCCUGUUGUUCAGAAAGCGUUAUCUGAUGGAUCGGCUGCAGUUGGAAGCACUAUACCAUCCUUUUUGAACAUUAUUGAAACUAAUGAAGCUCCACCUACUUUUAACAGAACAAAUAAGUUCACAAGGGGAUUUCAAAAUUUGAUCGAUGCAUAUGGGAUUGCUUCUUAUCGUGAAGCAAAUCCUGCCCUUUACACUAUCAUUACGUUUCCUUUUUUGUUCGGUAUAAUGUUUGGAGAUUUGGGUCACGGAAUAAUAAUGGCCCUGUUUGGUUUGUGGAUGGUGAGUGGAGAAAAAAAAUUGGGUGCAAAAAAAUCAAAUAACGAAAUAUGGAAUAUAUUCUUCGGAGGUCGGUAUAUAAUUUUAUUAAUGGGUGUAUUUUCCAUGUACACGGGGUUUAUUUACAAUGAUUUAUUUUCUAAAUCAAUGAAUAUUUUUGGAAGCUCGUGGAUUAUUAAUUAUAAUACAUCCACCAUUAUGACAAAUAAAGAUUUGGCGUUAAACCCUGGAUCUGCGGAUUUAGUUGAGAAUAUCUAUCCAGUUGGAUUGGACCCUAUUUGGCAGCUUGCUAGUAAUAAAAUAAUUUUUCUAAAUUCAUACAAAAUGAAACUAUCCAUCAUAUUCGGUGUAGUUCACAUGAUUUUUGGUGUUUGUAUGAGUGUAAUUAACUACAAUUUCUUCAAAAAACGAAUUAGUGUAGUGCUGGAAUUUCUACCGCAGAUUAUUUUCUUGGUUCUACUUUUUGCAUAUAUGGUAUUCAUGAUGUUCAUGAAGUGGAUCCAAUAUACUGCCAAGACAGAUUUGCAACCAAAAACACCAGGCUGCGCCCCAUCAGUACUAAUCAUGUUCAUCAAUAUGAUGUUAUUUAAAAAAACUGAACCUUUACAUGGCUGUGAAGAAUUUAUGUAUUCAUUCCAAGAAUCAUUACAGCGCACAUUCGUAUUCAUUGCGCUUCUAUGUAUCCCAUGGAUGCUGCUAGGAAAACCCUUUUACAUCAUGUUCAGCAGAAAAAAUGAAGCUAAGCCUCAUUAUAACGGGGAUAUAAAUCAAACAGCCGAUCCAACCAUAAACUCAUCUGCGCAGAACAAGUCAAACGUGCCCAAUGAACAUGAUGAGGAACCAAUAAGUGAAAUUUUUAUUCAUCAAGCUAUUCAUACUAUCGAAUAUGUUCUUAGUACCGUAUCCCACACUGCAUCAUAUUUGCGACUUUGGGCAUUAUCGCUUGCUCAUGCUCAGCUAUCAGAAGUGCUUUGGAAUAUGGUGCUUUCGAUGGGACUGAAACAAGAUUCGUACAAAGGUGCUAUCAUGCUCUAUUUCGUCUUUGGUGCGUGGUCUCUUUUCACUUUGGCUAUUCUCGUAAUGAUGGAAGGAUUAUCAGCAUUUUUACACACACUGCGUUUGCAUUGGGUUGAAUUUAUGAGCAAAUUCUACGAAGGACUCGGCUAUGUUUUUCAGCCAUUCUCAUUCAAAUUAAUUUUGGAUGCAGAUGAUGAUAUCGAUUGAUGGAUUUGAUGUAAUGCAGAUGAAAAUUAAAUUUUCUUAUGUCAUGCUAUCGCAUAAUGCUGUUCCACUAAUUUAGCAGUAUUAAAGAUUUAUUUCAGAAAAAAUGUAACUUAUAAUGCUUCGAAUACAAUAAAAUCUUGUUCAAUUUAA